AUGGGAGAGGCCAGGAGCCGCGCCUGGUGCCCGGGGCCCGUGGAGCCCAGAGAUCCCACGGUGUCCCGGGCCCCGCGGCCUGCAGGAGCCAAGCAGAAAUACAGCCCGGCCCGGCCCCCACCCACGCUGGACAGCCGCCCGACACGGAGCUCCAGAGAGCCGGGUUCGAGGCCAGGCCUGCCACCUCGGGGCCAUCCUCCCUCCGGUCCUGCCUCAGCUCUCACACGCCCACCAGCCCCGGGUGCGAAGGCCCCGCCGGGGGCGUCUGGCCCGGCCCGCCCACCCCCGGGCCGCUGGGUGGGCAGCCCGCCCUCCGCGCCUCCGCUCCCUCACCCGCACGGAAGCGGGCGGCUAAGGGAUGAGGAAGGAAGGGCGGGGCGAGGUGGCGAGGCCCGGGUGGAGACGCGCGUGGGCGCCGUGGGCCCCGCGUCCCGGGCGCGGUGUGCUGUCGGUCAGGAAAGCGCGCGGCCGCCUUCCCCGCCCCUCCCCCGCCGGGCCUCGACGCCCCCUCUGCGGACCCGCCUUCGCCGGCCUCGGACCCGGCCCGCUCCCGGGGCUCUGGGGUCCGGCCGUGACUCGCUCCGGAGGAGGCUGGGGCGCUGCAGGGAAGCCGGGGAGCGGACCCGGGGCGGGGGCCCUGCAGAGAAGCCGGGAGCGGACCCGGGGGCGGGGGUGCUGCAGAGAAGCCGGGGAGCGGACCCGGGGGCGGGGGCGCUGCAGGGAAGCCGGGGAGCGGACCCGGGGGCGGGGGCGCUGGAGGAAGGGCCACCAGGGCUGCUUAGCCGAGGACAGGAGAGGCGGCCGCAGAAGCAGGACAGCACCAAGGGCCCUGCCAAGAGCCGGGGCGGGACCGGCAUCGAGGGUGGGGAAUGUGGUGUCCCACGCCGCCCACCUUCCUCGCACCCCCGGAGGAAGCCAGUGGCUGCCCCUCCGUCCCCCGGGGUGCCACAGGUGAGCUCUAGGCCCAGAGGCCGAGCCCAGAAGGCGACGGCCGAGCUGGGGCGGCCAGCGCGGUGGGCAGGGCAGCGCGACCCGGAGCCGCGGGAGGAGGCCGGGGAGGGCGGAGCCGCACCGUCUGCCGGCGCCUCCCUACGCGCGGCCUCGGGGGCCCGCGCCCCGUCCCGAGCGGCACACGGCCACGCGCAGCCUCGGGGGCCCGCGCCCCGUCCCCGCACCCCUUCCCCUCUGCAGGGCCUCGUCCUGGUGCAGGGCCUCCCGGCGCGGCUUCUGCCCAUGGCCCCCGUGGGCUGCCUGGCCGGCCCGGCUUCUGCCCAUGGCCCCCCCAAGAAAAUCCCAGUCCUCGGGCAGCUGUGCGGCGAGCCAGCGCGGGCCCCUCCCCCCGCAGAUUCUCCCGGGACCAUGACGGCAGGCCUCGCCGGGGCGCCCCGAGGGGUGCGGACGGGCUGCCCGGCCCACUCCACGCAGCCCCCCUCGGACCCCCGCCUCGACCUAGCACGCAGGACGCGGGCCAUGCCCGGGGAGCGGCGCCGCGGGACACUGCCCCCAGCCAUGACCACAGGCCCACCGCCCUGCGGCCUGGCCAGCGCCCUGGGGGGCCCCUCCCGGCACGCCCCCCGGGACUGCGCCCUGGCCGGCGGGGCCCCCCGGGGCACCAGGGAGACGGGCGGCAGAGCCCAGGCCGGGGAGCCCCCGAAGGCCCACCCGAGGCGGCCGAGGCGGCAGAGCCCGAGACCCCGAGCCCCCCCAGGAAGGAGAGCGGCCCGAGGACCCGCGCCGGGGCAGAUCCGCAGCCCCACGCGCCGGUGGCCGGCUGGCCAGGCGGACGGCAGCCCCCCGCAGCUCCGCAGCCUGGGCACAGCCGGGCCCGCCCCCGGACCAGCCCUCCGGGGGCGCCCAGGCCAAGGGCCCCCCGGGCCGGGGGACUGGAAGCCGCCCCGGGCCCAGCCUGCCCAGGGGCCGAGGCCCUGCCUGCCCCCGAGGAGCCCCGCUUUACCUCCACCGACUAUACCUCACCACGCACCACCCCGGGGCCCCUGCCGCUCCCGGGGCCCCCAGGCCCCGGGGGCCAACCUCUGGCCCACCGCUGCUGAGCACGACUUCCAAGGUGCUAAUUUCGGGGCCCCCUCUGCUGAGCCGGAGCCCUUUCCUGAAGGCAGAAGGCCUGGCAGCCCCGGGGGGGUCUCCUUCGGGUACCUCACCCCGGCCUGCUCCCCACGGGGGGCCGACACCAAGGCCUUCGCCCGGAGCCUGGCGGGGGGGAGCCCGUCGCCAGGACGCUGCUGCCGGCCUUCCACCAGCCCUCGGGAGCGUGGCCCGAGGCGGCCCCCGGCCCCGCCUGCCUGCUGCCCCCUCCGCCGGCCCCGAGCCUGCCCCGCUACCCCGGCCACCUGGAAGGGGCUCCCUCCCCCUCUGCCGCUGCCCGCCCGUCCCCCGGGCCCCCUUCCCAGACAGUUUGCACAAUGGAAGACCUACAGAGCCAACGGGGUGAGCGCCAGCCCGGGGCCUCUGGCGGCCCUGCUCCCCACCUUCUCCCAGCUCUGGGAGCCUGUAGCAGCCCCCUACCCCACCCCCGCCCUGGGCCCGCCGGCGGCCGUGAAGACCCCGUUCUUUGACGGCCAGCCCGGCCCAGGCCGGCAGCUCUGCCUCCCCCAGAGCCCCCCCAUGUCUUGGCCCCCGGUGCUUCCAACUUCUGGGCCGAGCCCCCAUCAGAUGGGGGUGCUGAGCCAGAUGCCCUUCUCCGGAGGGACCGAGUGGCCCGGGGAGGGCCAGGGGGCCCUGAGCUCCGGGCCCGGGGACGCGCUGCUGGCCGUGGGCACCGGCCCGGGCCGGCCCGGCGGCCCCCACGGCCUGCUCAGCUACGGCCAGCUGCACGACCCCGGGACCCGGCCCCCGUUCUUCGGGGGAACCCAGCCCCACGCGUCCCCCCGGGGGGCCCCUGGCCCGCCCCCGCCCCGUGGGGUGGGGGCCUCUCCCAGUGAGUCCCCCCUGCCCUCGCCCGCCGCCCACCCGGCGGGCAGCAGCACCUGCUCCUCGCUGUCCCCACCGUCCAACAGCCCGGCCAACCCCAGCUCGGAGGACGGCCAGCUCCCCGGCUCCCUCGGGGCCUCGGCCUUCUUCCACCCCCCCACCCACGCCCCGGAGACCCGCAGCCCCUUCCCGUCCCCAGAGCGCCCCCACGCCCUCCCCGUCCACUACCAGCCGAGCCGACCAGGCCUUCCCCUUCCGGGAGGACCAGCUGGGGCGUACCUGGCCCUGAGCGGCGCCAGCCUGGACCAGCUGGACGUGCUGCUCACCUGCCGGCAGUGCGACCGGAACUACGGCAGCCUGGCGGCCUUCCUGGAGCACCGGCAGUUCUGCGGCCCCCCGCGGGCCCCGGGGCCCCCCGCCGCGGACCCGCGCCCGGCCUCGCUCGGCCUGGGCCCCGCGGCCCCCUCCCCGCCGGCGGAGGGCAAGGACGACCCCCUGAGGACCGGCCUCCUCCCCGGCCUGGCCGCGGCUGCCUUCCCGCUCCCCGCCUCCGACCUGGACCCCGAAGAUGAGGCCAAGCUGGACAGCCUCAUCGCCGAGGCGCUCAGCGGCCUGGCCUACCGGCCCGACAGCCCCGAGCUGGACAGCAGCUUCAUCGACGUGUUUGCGGACGAGGAGCCCGCGGGCCCCAGGGGGCCUGGCACCGGGCCGCCCCCCGGCUCUCGGGGGGGAGCGGCUCCCGCGGACGACAUCCGGGCCCUGCCGUCGGCUCCCGCGGCCGCCUCCGAGCCCCCGCCCCCCCGCCCCGGGGACCGAGACCACCCGGCCCCACACCGGCCACAGAGGAGAGGAAAGCGGCUGAAGUUGUUCCAGAGAGAUCCGGACGUGACCCACGGCACCCCAGGGCCGGCCGGGGCCGUCCGCCUCAGACCCAGGAGGCGGGGCCGCAGCACCGACGGGGCUCCCCCUCACCCCGGGGACCUCCCGACUCGGCCCGCCAAGGGCCCCGCAGAUUCGGACCGCCGGGCCCCCGCGGGAGCCAGGGGCUCCGAGCACCGGCGGCCGCCCCCCAGAAAGGACUCGGAGGAGACGGGCGCGGGCGGCUCGUGGAGCAAAGAGUUCAUCCACAAGAUCGUUCAGCAGAAAAACCAGCGCUACCGGCAGCAGGGGCCGGGGCCCCCGCACAGCGCGAGAGGCGCCCCCCCCGGCGCCCCGGGGGGCGGGCUCGGGGGACGGGCCGGCGCCUCCGAGUCAGAGGAGGAAGAGGGGCUGCCGCCCGGGGGCACGGGGGGCAGAGGCCGCCCCCGCCCUGGCCGUCGGCAGGGGCGCCCAGGCGAGCGGCGGAAGGAAGAGAGCUCGACCGGGGGUCCCCGGGAGGUCACGAGGCGGGAGGCCCGGGGCCCGAGCCCGGGGGCUGGAGAGACGCCCCCGGAAAGAGGCCCCGCGUGUUCUGAUCGGCCCCCGCGGGCGCCCCGCCGACACCGAGACCCCGGGGGAAAACCAGCCACCCUCGGCCUCACUCGGGAGCCCCUAACACCUGAAAGGGCCGCAGGCGCGGACCCCCGACACCGUUCAAGCCCAGAGAAGCACCCGGUGCCCCAGCCCACCACGGAGAGAAAGCCCUCGGCACCCCCGAGGCUCGACGCGGCCCAGGACCGCCAGGCCUUCUCCUCCCAGCCGGGAGACGGCCCGGUGCCCGCCGCCAGCGCCUCCGGUGGUCCGCGCCCUUGGCCCGGAGGCGCGGUUUGGCGGAGCUCCACGCCCGGCGACGCCACGGGGGUUCCGGCCACCCCAAAGGGGCCCCGGGCCCACGGCAGCACCGCCCCAGGCUCGUCCCACACACCCAAGGACCGGGCCGCCCGCUUCCCCGAAGACCUGUAUUCCGCUGGGCCUUCAGCUGAAGACCCGCGCAGCCGCCCCUGCCCGGACUCCAGGGGCGCGGACACCUUUGAGCCGGAGGAGCCAGAACCACCCGAGGGCCCGCCCUACGCAGCCGAGGGGGUCGCGACGGAGCCCCGAUCACCCCUGACCUUGGCGUCCACGUCCCUCUUCUCGGGGCUGCCCGACAACGGAUUUGACCUGGCUCUAAACGGGGACACCUGCGGGUCGCUGGCUUGCGGCAGCCCUCUCCUCCCACGGAAGCCCUUGAUAGAUCCUCUCUGCCCCUCGUUUCUCCUGCUGGAGGAGGAGUGCCCGGUCUCCCCCGGCCGGCUUCCUGACGGGGAGACGCGGGCCCGCGUGGAGGGGCGGUCUCCCAGCCCUCCCCCCGCGCCGGGGAAGGGAAUCGAAUGUACCGCUGCCUUCAUGAGCGGUCUGUGCGAGGAUGAGCUGGAGAUCAGAAGAUUGGUCACGGAAUUAGAAAGCCAGCUGCAGAGAAGAGACAACGCCCACGGGAUCCCGGGGGAGGCCCGUGACACCUCGGGCGCAGGCGGGCGGGGGCUGGGCUCGGGCCCCGGGCCGGCCCUCCAGGCCGUCCUGCCUCGGGGGGCAGCGCUCUCGGCGGCAGACCUUCCGGGGCUGGGGGGAUCCGGUCCACACCGGGAGGGGGCGCUCGGAAGUCCCCAGGGCCCGUGGCCCCGCCUGGCCGCGGGAGAAGCAGCCUCUCCCCCAGGCACGGAUGCCAACCCCGUUUCCGGAGCUCCUUUGGGCCCUUCCGAGGACGGCCCGGGCUUCCGGGCAGCCGUGCAGGCCGGCGCCCCCCCGGCGGAAGGGGACGGCGGAUCGCCCCCCAUGGCCCGCCUGCGUGGCUGGAACCCGCCGGAGGAGCGCCCGGCAGACGCCCGGGGCUCAGCCGCUGGCGAACCCCACGGGGAACUUCCGCGUCCCACAGCCGUCGCAACCACCCAGACUCCAAGCAAGGCGGCCCCGCUCCGGCAGAGCAGGGGAGCCGGAGGGGGUCGCGCCCCCACCCCGCGGCCGAGGAGCCCGGCUUCGGCGGCCGAGGCCUGUGCCGGCCGGGGCUCGGUUCCGCCCCGAGCGGAGUCCUGCCUGGGGACCGGGUUCCGGGCCCCUGGCGGGCGGCCCUGGAGCACCGCCCCCCAGCGACCUGUGGCCUCUCCCGGCCCCGGGCUGCAGAGCUGCGAGUACAGAGGACGCCCAGGGCCCGCGCCCCGAGGACCUCCCACACGAGGAAGAAGCCACGAGAAAGGAGGCGCGCAGCAGCACCCCGGACGGAGGCCGGCCGGCCCCGCGGUGCCUGGACGUGAGCCCGAGGCAGCUGGAAGUCGGGGCCCGCCGGCCGCGCGGAGGAGCCCGAGGCGGACCGCGAGGCCGGCCCCGCUCCUGCCGGGCAGCCGCGGGGCUCCCGGGGGCCCGGGAACCCUCAUCCCCGAGGCCCCCGCCGGGCGGGCUGCCCAGGAGCGCAGACCUGCACCAGGGACGCGGCACGGGCCUCUGGCUCGCGGGAGCAGGCGAGGGGCCCCCCAGCCUCCACCGCCAGGACCCCGGCCGCCCCGGGCCGUGCUGGGCAGCCGCUUCCUGGUGAAAGUCCCAGAGGAGAGGGGGCUGGGGGGCCCGCCCGCCCACACCGCCGCCCCUGCCCCAGGAAGGCCCGGCCCCCCGGACGCAGAUGUCCGGGCUGCUGGCCCGUGGGGCAGCCCCGCCGCGGAGGGAGAGCCGGCGGCACCGGAUCCCCACGUGAGGGGGGGCCCACCGCCCACCCCCACCCACCGGACGCCCGGGGGCCCCCGCGCCUCGACGGCGCCCUCGGGCCUUGCCACGCCGGUGACCGCGGGGCCGGGCUCCCGCCCAGAGGCCGAGGGGGAGGCUGGCAGCAGAGGCCGGGAGGGACGCGGGCCCGGAGACGGAGGCGCCCGGAGCCGACACCCAGAGCCGCACCCCGUCUCUCGGGAGCCCCUCGGGCCCACGCGGAGGCCCCGGGCCUUCAAAAGGAAGGCGGAGCCCGGGGAGCCCCCCGCCCCGCCUCCCCCCACCUGUGAGAUCUGCUCCGCCCCCUUCAGCACCGCGGCCGGCCUGAGCCGCACAGAGCCCGGAAGCACCGGCCCCCCGGGCUCAGCCCCCCGCCCGCCCCCCCGGGCGCUGGGCUCCACCCGCCCAACGCAGGCAAGACCCCCAGGAAGAGAAGCCGGAAGGGGCCCGGGAAGGCGGGCACGGGCCCCGGCCACCCCCCCCGAGGCGGCCCCCCGAGGACCGCCCCGGGCGCGGAGACGCCCGCCACCCCCCCCGCAGCCAGCCCCGGCCCCCCCCGGGCCCCGCGGAGCGGCGCGAGGGAGCGGGCGCGCCGGCCGGACGCUCAGGCCCCCCGCCCAGGAAGGCGGCCCGCGGAGACGGCCAGCGCGCGGGCCAGGGCACGGGGGCUCCCCGCGGCGCGAAGGGGGCCCGCGAGAGGCCGGCCCGAGCCCCGCGGGCGAGGAGGCCCCGCCGGCCUCGCGGGGACCCACCCACGGCGGCCGGCCGUCGUCCCGUGGACGGACGCGUGGCGCCGGAGGGACGGCGGGCGGCGGCGGCGGGCUGGACCACCCCGGGGCCCGGGGGGCUUGGUGGGGCGGCAGACGCGGGGCCCGGGGCCUCUGUGCACGCUGGGGUCACCGCCGGGGCGGCCGGGGAGCGCCUCGCCCGGGGCACGGCCGGCGGGGCGGGGGGGAGCCGUGGCCGGGCAGCCGGAGGACGCCAGGGAGGCCGGAGCCCUGGGCCCGGGCAGCCAGCCGCCGCAGGGGCCGGGAGCCCGAGGGGGGGCGGCCGGGCCGGGGCGGGCCCGCGCGGAGGUGCCGGCCCCCCCGGCGCGCCGGACACCGCCGCCGAAGCCCCCGGCCCUGGACCCGGAGACCCCCGAGCACCGCCGACGACGAGCUGUCCUUCUCCCGGCUCUUCCCCCUGGGCGGCCGCCGGGGCCGGAGGAGGAGCCCCCGCGUCUACGGAAGGUGCCGCGGGAGGUCGGAGCGCGCCCCGCCCCCGGGGCCCCCCCCGCCCCCCGGGCCCAGCCCCCUGCCGGCCUCCCCCCGGCUGCCCACGGACCUCAGCGACUCGGGCUCCCUCUGCCUCUCCCGAGAGGACCUGUGGGACGACGAGGCCACGGGCCUUCCCGAGGCCUUCUGCGUGGACGGGCUUCUGACCCGGGGGCCUGGCCUUGACCCCCGGGCCCCCGGCCUGGGCGUGGGCCCCGGAGCCCGGCGGGGGGGGGCCGGCUGGGUGGAGGAGGAGCCCUCCCCGCGCCCCGAGGAGGAGGACGAGGGGGCAGAGGCCAUCCCGCAGCUGCACAGGGUUCCCGCGGCCUGGCGGGGCCUGGCGCUGCGGGCGGCCGGCGAGACCUCCCCCUCCCUCGGGGAUGGGAGCCCGGAGCCCCCGGACCUGGAGCGGGAGCCCGACCUCUCGGGCCUCCCGGACUUGGAGGCCACGGCCGACGCCCGGGGCCCCUGGAGCAGCGGGAGGGAGGUGGCCGGGGAGGCCCCCCGCGAGCGCCCCCUGUGCCUCGGGCGCCCUCGGCGGCCCGCCCGCGCCCGCGCCGCCCCCACCUGCUACCUGUGCGUGCAGCGCCGGUUCCGCUCCGGGGAGCUGCUGCGCGAGCACCUGCGGGAGAAGCACGCGCAGGCCAGGGCGGGGGCCUGGGCCUGCGGCAUGUGCCUCCGCGAGGUGGCCGACGUGUGGCUGUACAACCAGCACCUGGCGGAGCACGCGGCCCGCUUCGCCCACCGGGGGCGGCCCGGCGGGGCCCCGGGGCCCGCGCCCCCCUGCCCGGAAGAGGACGGCGCCUUCGCCGCACUUCCUCCACAGCAUCUUGGGGCGCGCGUCCCCGUCCCCGUCGCUCGGGGGCGGGGGGCCCCGGGGAGGCCUCGGGGCCAGAGGGGGAGGCCGGGGGGACCCCCGGGGAGAGGGGCACGCCCAGCCCCCUCCCGCGGCCCCGACGGAGCCCCGACGCCGCCAGGUUGGGGCGGCCCGUCCGCCGUCACCGACGCCUCCGGCGCGUCCCCAAGCCCGUCCCCGGACCCUGGGUCCCAGAGCGAGCACCUGCCCCGGGCCGUGCCGGUGCACAGGGACUGCCAGAACCCGUCGCGCGACUGCCACCACUGCGGGAAGCCCUUCCCCAAGCCCUUCAAGCUGCAGCGCCACCUGGCGGUGCACAGCCCGCGGCGCGUCUACCUGUGCCCCCGGUCGCGGGUCUACGCCCGGCACGGGGAGCUGGGGGCGCACCUGGGCACGGAGCACGGGCUGCGGGGGAGGGCGCGAGCUGCCGCACAGCCGCUGUUCGCCUGCGAGCUCUGCGCCGACGUCACGCACGUCAUCCGCAGGUCCUUCAGCUGCAGCUCCUGCAACUACACCUUCGCCAAGAAGGAGCAGUUCGACCGGCACAUGGACAAGCACCUGAGGGGCGGCCAGCGCCCCUUUGCGCUCCGGGGCGCCAGGCGGCCGGGGGCCCCCCGGACCGAAGAUCUUCCUGGAGAUCGAUUCCAGCACCACCCAGAGCCAACCCCAGACCCACGAGACACGCCGGGGCCCCGCCCGCCCCGAGGGCCGCCCAGGCGCGGGGCCCCAUCUGCCUUCGGACAGCCAAGAACCGCGCCUCCACCUCUGUCUCCGUGCCCGGACUCCCUGGCCGACGGCAGAGGCGGCGGAAGGCUAGCGCGAGCCCUGCAGGGCCCAGGGAGGGGACUCCAGCCGGCAGCCCCGGCCCACAGAGGCAGCGAGCUCCCCCGGAGGGGAAAACGACUCCACGCCCUUUCUCAGGAAAACACCAGAGCCCGGGCACCCGAGGCACCUGCGCCCCCGGCCCCGCUCGGAGAGCCCCCCCUGCUCCACCGAAGGAAGCCAGGGCCCAGGGGUCCCACGGUGCUGGAGGGGGGCCGGGGGAGGCCCGCCCCCACGGGCAGCGCUAGCAGGCCGGAGCCCUGCUGUCGCGCGUCGCCGGACAGGUCGGCGGCGUCUGCCUCUGGCGAGACGCCCAAGCGCCCCGCAGAGCCAAGAAAGCCCGUGGGGAGGGGCAGGCCGGGGCCUGCAGAGCUGGCCCAUGGGACGGAGCCCGCCGCCCCCAAAGCCAGACCCAGACCCAACUCCCACGGCCGUGGAGAGCCACGUGGCGGCACCGAGACAGGGCGUGGCAGCCGGCCCCAGCCAGCCAGUGGGCAGCUCCAAAGCCAGCCAGCCGACACCCCCGCCGAGCCAGCCGCUCCGGCCGGAGCCCCGCCCCAGCCCAGCCGGGGCGGCACGGAGGGCCCCGGAGAGGCCGGCCAUCAGGGGCGCCGAGGGUGUCCGGGCCCCAGAGAGAAGAAAGAAAGCAGUGAGAAGAGGAGACGAGGCCAGGCCCCGGAGCCGGCAGGGGCGCGAGCGCAGGGAGCGCGGGGAAGAGCCGCCUCCGGCCCUGAGAAGCCCCCCCGGGCCCCCAGGAAGCAGGCCACGCCCAGCCGCGUGCCCCCUGCCAGGCCCAGAGCAGCGGCCAGACCGGCAAGAUGCGCCCCGGCCGGCAGAACGACAGAGGGGGGGCCCCAGCCACACCCCCAGGAAGGAGGCGCCGGCAAGGCCUUCCCCCGGCUGAGGCCCCUGCCCAGCCCCGCCAGAAGGACAGACAGACAGCACCCAGCCGAGCCCCGAGACCGCCGGACGGCCGAGUCCCAGAGCGACCUCCUCAGCCGGCUCUUCGGGCAGAGGCUGACCGGCUUUAAGAUCCCUCUGAAGAAGGCGGUUUCGGAGUAGCCCGCGGGAGGCCGCGCCCGCGGCAAAGCCCGCGCGAACCUGGCCGUCCGACGCC